AUGGCAAUCAAUGGUCUUCGGAGACCAAAUAAGAAAAUUGACUUGUAUAGGCCACCGUGUCACUUCAGCAAAGGGAAAAAAAAGAUGAGGAAAAAUAAUAUGAACAUCAAUUCGACGGAAGGUAGAAAAGGCAUGAUGCGAUUGCACAGCACGAAACAUAGAAAGAGUUGCAUAGACGAUAUGGAGUACCUCCUUCUCAUCUGGAUCAAAAACUUGAAGAUGAAAAGAAACCCACGAGCAGGGAAUGGUUCCAUCACCUACAAAAGCGGACUGGUGUGCACAAUGUGGAAACUUCACGGUGUCUGCGAGCGCGGACAAGAAAGGAACGGAACAAGGGAUGCCGGGGAGAUCCUAUAUCACGAAGAUGGAGAAGUCGAAGCCGGGAACAAAGCUAAUGAAGGACCACCUCAUUCUCCUCCUCGGCGCUAA